AUGUUUCCGUCAACCGCGACACCUCAGUUGCUGCUCGAUCCCGUGAGCUUUGCCCAGUUCGCCGCGGCAGCUGCAGGUGUCCCGGUGGCCAGCAGUGUACCAUCAAAGUCACCGAACAGCUUGCAAAACACCGCGAGACGACGACCUAGUGGAUCUACGCAGAAGCCUUAUUCUCCAUCAACUACAAAUCAAAGACGACUGGUAGCCGCUGCCACUGCUUCAGGUAAAAUGGUGCAAGGGUUUUCUAGAAAACGGUGUAUUGGUCUUCUUACUCAAAUUUUGCUUUUUACUGCAUUAUGGUCUGAUAUUGUUUAAUGGCAAACAAACAUGAUAUUUCAUUUAUACUAGAUUAACGUCCUAUUUGCUCUUCGUCAUAUUUACCCCUUCAAAACUAGUUGUUUACCGUGACAAUUUAGGCGUUCGCAGAAACAUUUUUUGUCUGAAGGUUUAGAAAGUCGUGUUCCAUAAAAGCAACAAACUUUUCGGGGCGUAUUCUCCAAAAUCGCGGUUUUCUAACAUUUGGAGGAACUCGUUUUGUUAGUUUUAUAAUAAGUUCCUCUUUAGUCAAGUUGUUUUUUUUUGCCAAACAGCGUUCUGAACACAUUCAUGUGUUGGUCAAUAAGUUUUCUAGCAAUCCACACACUUUCAUCGCCAAAAUCCAUCGGUAAUUUCACAAAUAGUUAGUGGUUUCCGCCGAGACAACGUGAUACAAAACUAACAAUAGAAUAAAAGCCUAACAAGCAAAAGUGGGACCGCCGAGGUAAUGUCACUUUUUUCUGCUCCGUCAACCACUUAAGUUCGACACAAUCACACAAUGGACUUCGUCUACGCACAUUUUGAUCCGCUCCCCGACUGCGUCUGGGAGGGUGCGCUUGAUUUCGGUGGUCGGUUGCGCUCUGUCGAGGGCUGUUUUCCUUUCUCCCCCAUCAACAGGUUUUUCGCGAUAUUCCCCCUCGUCUCCCCGCUGCACCUGUACUGCUGUGUCGUCGUAUCUCGCUUCAAUCCGUCCUUUCCAAUUUAUUUCGUCAAAUUUUUUUCUUCUUGAGUACUUGAAAGUUGCCAAAUUUGGACGCGGAAAUUUUUUAUACCUUAAAUACUUAAAGUACAAUAGAAUGUUCUAUUAAUAAUAAAAAAACCUUUUUUUUUAACAAAAUUUUGUUUUUCAACGCAAUUUUGAAUAUUUUAAUCCGUUCAUUUAUUGACUUUUGAUGGCGCAGAUUAUUGAUUUUGUGGCAUCGUUUAUCUUUUAUAAAAUCUGUCUUUUUUGGAGAGAAAUAUUUUUUGAUUUGUUGUUUAUAUGGUUGUGAAAGUUUAUGUUACUAUGUCGCAGAAAGUAGGAAGUUAAUCGCCUUUGACAUUAUUUAUGGCCACUUUAAUUAACGUUCUGAUUGUGAAAUUGUUUUAGGGGUAAUGGAAUUGCGGGUUGGAGGAUGUUUUAGACUUGGACGCAAAAUUGGAAGUGGAUCGUUCGGCGACAUUUAUCUCGGUGAAAACAUUGUCACACACGAAGAAGUUGCCAUAAAACUAGAAUGUAUGAAAACGAAGCAUCCACAACUCCAUAUUGAAGCCAAACUCUACAAAUUUAUGCAUGGAGGCGUCGGGAUACCGGUGGUGAAAUGGUGCGGUCACGAAGGAGACUACAACGUGAUGGUGAUGGAACUACUGGGGCCGUCGUUGGAAGACUUGUUCAACUUUUGCUCUCGGAGGUUUACGUUGAAGACCGUGUUGCUAUUAGCAGAUCAAAUGGUAUGUUUUUCAUUGGUUUUCGUUUAGUUUAUUUAUUUUGGCAUAGUAUCUGUUUUGACAAUAUGAUUUUUAUUUGGGUAACGAAUUUACUUUCAGUUAGCAAGGAUUGAGUACAUUCAUAACAAAGACUUCAUCCACCGCGAUGUAAAACCGGACAAUUUCCUAAUGGGUCUGGGGAAACGAGGCAACCUUGUAUAUGUAAGUUCUCCGCUUUUUUGGUUUAUGUUGUGUUUAGAUAAUUGAUUUUGGGUUAGCCAAACGAUUCCGCGAUCAACGAUCUCGAGUUCACAUCCCCUACAGGGAUCAUAAAAAUCUAACGGGUACCGCACGCUAUGCUUCUGUAAAUACUCAUCGAGGAGUGGAGCAAUCAAGGAGAGACGACCUGGAAUCUCUGGGGUAUGUAUUGAUGUACUUCAACAGAGGCAGCUUGCCAUGGCAAGGGCUGAAAGCCGCGACAAAACGACAAAAGUAUGAGAAGAUAGCAGAGAAGAAGUUAAGCACGCCGGUUGAAGAACUCUGCAGGAACUUUCCAAGUAAGUUCUUAUAACAGGGUUUAUCAUGCAAGUUUUUUAAGAAUUUUUUUCUUUGUAUUGUUUUACACUUUCUUACUUUCAGAUGCUUUUGUGGAGUACAUCGAAUACUGCAAAGCUUUAAAGUUUGACGAAGUACCAGAUUAUGAAAAGUUACGCAAAAUAUUCAGAGACCUAUUCAGACAAAAAGGAUACGAAACGGAUUAUGUCUUCGACUGGAACAUGAACUUGCCGUAAGUAAUUUCUCUUUAUUUCAAGAUUAGUUUUAAUGCCAUUAAAGAGCUUUUGGUGUUUGCUAUCAGUAUUUUUCAGUUUUUGUUUAAAACUUUACUUUUUAUUCAAAUAACUGUUAGCGAAUACUAUUUAAUGCUGUCUUAGUAAAACGCGUUUAUUUUUAUGAAAAAGCUUAUUUGUUGUUGUACAACGUGUUUUUGUCAUAAAUUUUAAACUUUCUUGUUUGGUCUCUAAAGUAAACUUUUUAGCAACUCAAACCGCGGUGUCCACAACGGAGGGACGAUCACGAAUGGGCAUUCUCGACAACAGCCGGCAGUAAUGCCUCAGGUUGUUCCUACGGGCCUAAUGUUCCAGCCUCAGGCCGUAUCCUUGCCAAACGCUGCGUACAACAUGAUGCGGAAGUAG